AUGUCUACUCCUUUAUCGCAUGUGAGUCCUGUCGAGAUAGCUGGGCAGAGACGUUACAGGAUUUCUUUGCAGGGCUCAGCAGAUUCAUACACAAGCAGACCCUCGGACUCUGAUGUCUCUUUGGAAGAAGACAGGGAAGCAGUCCGCCAAGAAAGAGAGCAACAAGCAGCUAUACAGCUUGAAAGGGCGAAGUCCAAACCAGUAGCGUUUGCUGUUAAGACUAACGUGAGUUACUGCGGAGCACUGGAUGAAGAUGUUCCUGUCCCAAGCACUGCUAUCUCUUUUGAUGCCAAGGACUUUCUACACAUUAAAGAGAAAUAUAAUAAUGACUGGUGGAUAGGAAGGCUGGUGAAAGAGGGCUGUGAGAUUGGCUUUAUUCCAAGCCCGCUUCGACUGGAGAAUAUCCGCAGUCAGCAGGAGCAGAAGAGAGGGCGUUUCCAUGGAGGGAAAUCAAGUGGAAAUUCUUCUUCAAGUCUCGGAGAAAUGGUUUCUGGCACGUUUCGAGCCACACCCACUUCCACCGCAAAACAGAAACAAAAAGUGACAGAACAUAUUCCUCCAUAUGAUGUAGUACCGUCAAUGAGGCCUGUUGUCUUAGUGGGUCCGUCACUGAAAGGUUAUGAGGUGACAGACAUGAUGCAGAAAGCUCUCUUUGACUUCCUGAAGCACAGGUUUGAUGGGAGGAUAUCAAUAACUAGAGUGACAGCUGACAUUUCUCUUGCUAAGAGGUCUGUUCUAAAUAAUCCAAGCAAGAGGGCAAUAAUUGAGCGGUCAAAUACAAGAUCCAGUUUAGCCGAAGUACAGAGUGAAAUUGAAAGAAUCUUUGAGCUGGCAAGGUCCUUACAACUGGUUGUCCUAGAUGCAGACACGAUCAAUCACCCUGCACAACUCAUCAAGACAUCUUUAGCACCAAUUAUUGUCCAUGUUAAAGUGUCUUCUCCAAAGGUUUUGCAGCGGCUGAUUAAAUCUAGAGGAAAGUCACAAAGUAAACACUUGAAUGUUCAGUUGGUGGCAGCUGAUAAACUUGCACAAUGCCCACCAGAAAUGUUUGAUGUAAUUUUGGAUGAAAAUCAGCUCGAAGAUGCUUGUGAACACUUGGCAGAGUAUCUUGAGGCGUACUGGCGUGCUACUCACACCACCAGUAGCACACCCAUGACUCCUCUUCUUGGACGAAACUUAGGAUCCACUGCGCUUUCACCAUAUCCUGCUGCAAUCUCUGGAUUACAGGGAAAACUCACACUGAAGAUGAAAAUCACCCCUGUGCAGUGGGCUGGCUGAAGAGCCAGCGUAUGAGACAUAGCAACCAUUCUACAGAGAACUCGCCAAUUGAACGACGAAGCCUAAUGACCUCAGAUGAAAAUUAUCACAAUGAAAGGCCUGGGAAGAGCAGGAACCGCUUGUCUUCCAGUUCCCAGCACAGCCGAGAUCACUAUCCUCUAGUGGAAGAAGAAUACUCUGACUCAUACCAGGACACUUACAAACCCCAUAGGACCCGAGGAUCCCCUGGAGGAUACAGCCAUGACUCACGACAUAGGCUUUGAGUUUAAGAACCUGGGGAAAAAUAGUAUUCAUCAGUUGAUAACUUGCCAUAACGUAGCUAGGAAAAAUAAAUCAUCUUAAUUUGGCAGAUGUAACAUGGUUACACUGAAGUUACACUCUGCUGUCAUUUGAUGUCAAGUAGGGGGCAAAAAAAAGUUACCAUGCCCUUAUGUUUAUGCCCAACCACUUAGGUUGUUUUUUUGUUGAUUUUUGUUGAUUUUCUUUUUUUUAGUACAGCAUUUGCAUCUAUGGCCAUACCUUUUUCUCAUCACUAGAUAUUAGACUCAUCAGUUUGUAAUUUAGGGUACUUAUCAAGGCACUUAUAAAAAAUUUCCUGUGCUGGAAAUUCCAAAUGACCAGUUCCAGUUGGAACCAAUUUAUAAACCAAUUCCUGUUGGAAUUUGGGUGAAUUGACUGGAAAGUCGACUUGAGCAUGUUGCAAUCAAUUUAAAAAAAUGGAAAUGAAAAAUCUGAAAACUACCACUAGAAGCCAGAAAAUCAGCUACAGUAUUUGUUCGCUGGAAGCUAAAUUUAUAUUUAAAGUUAAAAUACAAGCAUUUUGGUCUAACCACGUAUUUCCAGAAUGGCUUUUUCAGACAAACCGAAUGUUAACUGUCUAUCGUGCCAAAUAUCGCAAAUUAAUGCAGCAGUUACAGAAUACUUUCCAGUUUAAAAUUAUUUUUAAAUCUGGCAUGAAUGUUGCAGCAGAAUGAUUUUUUUAGUUUAGCCCAUACUGACACUUUUGCUGUGGUUAGCAGCGAUGAACUAUGACAGGAUAAGGGGAAACAGAAACAGGAAAAUGAACAAACUCGAGGACAGUUUGUGUGAUUAGAGUUGGAGAAGAGUCGUUUCUUUCUCUUGUUUACCUGAAUACAGCUAGUAGUCCCAAAAUAGAACAUCAGUGUAUAGAGAUGUAAUCUUUUUCCUCCCGUUUUUAAUAUUCUGCCCUUUUAAAUGGAAAAUAAGACACUCUCCUUACCCAGUGUAUAGAGUACCUACAUUCCAGUACAUCUGAGUACCUAUAUGUUACAUCUUUCAAAACCCAUCUUUGAAUGUCUGCAAACUCCAGCAUCGCACAAGAAUUCUCCAGAAGAACAGCUGUUUAAAAUUUAGUGGAUGAAAUCUAAGGGUUUUUUUUUUUUAACAUUUGGAAAUGAGGAAAAUUCAGAAUAACAUGUUGGUCAGAAUUGGCUUGCAAUAACAAUAAGAGUAUCAAAAAAAAAUAACCCUGCUCACAGUAACUUUGUAGAGCUGACAUUUUUAAUUCAGAGAACUACGAUAACUCUUUGGAGAUAUUGCUGCCUUACUUCCUAACAAAAACUUCUUUUCACCUACUGAGUCUUCAGUAUUUUUAAAGAGAUAAAUUUAUGUAAUUGGACCUUAUGUCUUACAUUAUCAAUGAAGCCUUAGAUCCAAUGUGAUUGAAAAAAUUACCAUAAUUGACCAUUUUAUACGACCCAUUGAUGUAUUUAAGCAGAGACUCCUAAAGUUCCGCACUGCAUGCGUUUUCUAAAGUUGACUGAACUAUGCUGAACAUGCAUUUUUUAUGCAGGUUCAUGUCAAAACUAUUUUUUUGACAAUGAGGAUCAUUAAUUUUUGUAUUUGCUUAUUUUCUUCCCAAAGCCUACUAAAGUAGGCUCCAAAAGCAUGUAGCAGUAAAUCCAUUUCCUGAGUAUUAUGAGGUCUUCUACUUUCUGGACCAAUUUGCAAAGAUCACUGAUAUUUUCCACCACUCUUGAGCCUGGUUAUCUUCUUGAAGUUAACAACUAGAAAAAUAACUCAUCUCAUAUCUGGUACAACCAAAAGUAACGUACAUCUCUAGCAGCGUUAGAAGAUAGCGGAUGCAUGAUUAGUUUUUUGAACAGCUACUGCCUAAAAGAAGGCCUUGAACAUCACUGGAUGAUUCAAACGGGCCAGUUACCAAGAUCAAAAAUGUAACAUAUCUGCAUCCAGUGGAGUAACAGAGUUAAGAAUGGCUAUGAAAGUCCUGAUCCUGUUUGACUUUCUCAGGCUGAAUUGCUGCUGAUUCCAAAGAGCGUUUAGCCUGAGGAAGCACUGCAGGAUCUGGUCUGGGAAUGGUAGCUUAAGCUGUCUUCUCUGAUAUUUUCUGCUAUAGCACAGUGGAGCGUUCUCCAGUAAUUUUUACAAAUAUUUGUUACAUGUACAGCACACAUACCUGCAUGAGAAAGAAGGCAUUAGGCAAAACAUUUUUUCUAUAAGCUUUAAUAAGUUUCUUGUUUGUGUGCAUUAAAGUAUUAAUUGCAAAGGAUGCACUGAGAUGUAUAAACCUAGAUUAGACAACUGUUUAUCUUUAUUCUGUAGUAGCAUUAGGGAUCAGACCAUUAACUGCUUGAAGAUAUUUGCAUUUUAAUGGCAGGUAGCUGCAAAGCACCUACAUAUAUUUUCUAGUGAACAAGGUUACUGCUUUAUCAUUUCCUAGACAAAAAACGUCAUUUAUUCCUAGAGCCUUUUGGAGCCUUGUUUUUAAGUCUUCCAUGUCAUGCUAGUAAAAGGAAAGAUGGACACAAUACAUAUGCACAAAUCCCAUCAACUGCAGCGUCUGAAGUGCCAAAACUACUUUGUUCUAAUAAAAACAAGCUUUUGAGGGAAGUCGUGCAUCGUCUUGAGAGAACACGUUGAGUUCCUUUAUUGUGUGGGCUUAAGUUUACUCUUUUAUUUAGUUUACCCUCUUCUCCCCCACAUCCAUUCCAUUUUGAUGUAAGCGAUCAGUUAUAAAAGAUCCAGCCGAACUCCCUGCUUGGUGUUUUUUUUUAUUCUUUGAAGAUAGUUAUAUCUUUAAGUAUGAAUAUACCGAACAGGCUAAUAGUUUGUUAAUUUAUUCUAGAUACAAGCUAUUGGAACUCUUUCAUUUUAAAAAUAAUUUUUAGGAAACACAGUAAUCAAUAACAGUUGCAAUGUUGAUCAGGACAUGUAAACUCAUAGUAUUUGUAUUAGAACUUCAGCAAUGCUAACCAGCUGUAUUGUGAUUUAUUACGCGAUGGCGCUAUAUGAAAUCGUGAAGUUCAUGUAUUCCUGAAUGAAUACGAGUAAGACUAAUUUUCCAGUUCUCAUGCCAUUUCUUGUUGUUGUAACAGAGCUCUGUUCCUAAGCUCUGGCUUAUACAGAGGAUUUUAGAAACGUUUAUAAAAUGUUGAUGGGUUUUUGUUAUCUGACUUUUUCAUUAGGACGCUUUGGGAUUAAUGCUAAUUUAGUCAAUAAAGGUGACAUGACAAUCUUAA